AUUAACUAACCUUCUCUACGUCUACAACUUACUGGUCUACUUCUCCCUUCUUACUUCUUGGCUGUGGUACAACACUGGUGCUGUGCAUACUGCAGCUUACGUUGAGUAACGUCCCGAAAAUCUUACUUGUUCUAUCUUCUAUAUACGAAUUAACGGCAUUCGCCUUGGCACAAAUAGAACGAAUUUCGAAGACUUCACAAUUUCAUUUGGAUUUUGUUUGUUUAAAUCAAGGCUUCUCGUUGGAACAAUAUUAAUCAACUAGGUGCAAAGAUGCAUAAUAAGGAUCUGAUCAAAUCCAGUUGGGCAGAUGAGGUUGAAGAUCAUUUGGAGAAAACAACAUUGCCACAAGCAAAAGUCGAUACACACGGAAAUACCAAAAUUAUUACUGAAUAUCGUUGGAACAAGGAUGACAAAAAAGAAAAGGUAGUUCGUACAUAUAAAAUUGAAAAACGACUGGUGUCCAAAACUAUAGCUGAGCGCAAGACAUGGGCUAAAUUCGGAGAUUCACGCAAUGAUAAACCAGGACCAAAUACUUCGACCACGAUUCCGGCUGAAGAAAUACAGAUGCAAUUCUUGUCCGGUAAGGAUGGCGACAAAGUCGAAGAAAACCCAUUAGACAAAUUAAAGAAUGUAAACAUGAACAUUAAAUGCCGAAAUUGUGGCGGAGAGCAUUGGUCGUUUUCAUGUCAUCUCAAGGGUACCGGUUUGGUGAUUGAAGAUAAAAAAUUGGUUCAAGAAAAGGUACCAGAGCCUGAAAAAAAUACCAGUACCAACAGACCAUAUAUUCCCCCGUCAGCAAGAGAAGGAGCCACAAAUACGGCUGGUAAACGAGAUCCAUACUCACGUGGUUAUGACGAAGUACCUGCUAUCCGUAUAGAAAAUCUUUCUGAAAGUACAUCUGAAGCUGAUUUAAGUGAAUUAGUGAACAAAUUUGGUCAAGUUGCUCGAAUUUUCUUGGCGUCUAAUAAGGUCACCGGUGCUUGUAAAGGAUAUGCAUUUGUUAAUUUCAAAUCCAAAAUGGAUGCCGAACGAGCAAUUAAAGGAUUACACGGAUAUGGAUAUGACCAUUUAAUAUUAAAUGUUGGUUGGUCGACAAACAAUUAUAGUAAGAGUACUUACUAACUGGAUGGAAAUUUACUGGAAAUAACAAUAUUCUAAGGAUAUAUUAUUUUAUACAUAUUUUUCAGUCAAUAUUAGUUAAAAUAUAAAUAUAUAAUGCACAAUAACUUUUAUAUUAUUAUAAUAUUAUUUAAAUGUAAAUUUGUAUUAUUUUUUUUUCCAUGCUUUUCAUUUUAUAGAAAAUGUAUGAUUAGGUUACAAUAACAAAACAAUAGACUCUUACAAUAAUCUUACUUUUUUUAUUUAAAAAUAAUGCUGUGGAAAUGUAUAUUUUUUUUUCUUUCGAUUCGGCUCAAAGUGUUUAACCUAAAAUAUUGAUUAAAAUUUGAAAACGUCUCAUAUAUUCAUACAGUUAAAUUCUAGAUUUUUGUAUGAAGAGUUGAUUAAUUUAAUCGUUUUUAUGCAUAUUAUGCUUUUAAGUACUAAGCACAUUUAGGCAUCCAGCAGAGGUUUAACCUAUUUUUGUAGUUUAUAAUUAUUUCAAGUGGACAUAACUAUUGAUAAUACUGAUGUGCAUUUGCUACCAGAAACCCCGCUGAAUAUUGCAGCAUUUUACUGGUAUGAAGCCUGGUCUUUGUAUACACAUAAGAAAAUGAACAUCAUUUUUGUAGAGCCAAUACACUCAAUCUUUAGAUCUUAAAUAUAAAUUCUAUGCAAAACAAUCGAGCACUAGUUAUUUUACAUUUUUACGUCAGUAAUGUACUUAUUACAAGGUUAGUGGUAUGAAAUUAUCAAUAUUUUAGAUUUUUAUUUUUUUUUCUUAUAUGUAUAAGUUUUGCUAAAAAAUAUAAAAUUUCAUAGGUAUC